UCCAGUGUUUUCCUUUGUAGUAAAAUCUGAUCCAAUCGGACGCAUCCCUUUUGAGUUUUCAGUGAUUCGAUUGAUACAGGUACUCUUCGUUUAAUCUCUUCUUUUUUCUCUCCCAAGAUUGUUAAUGGGUUUGGUGUGAAUGGAUUGGAGUGAUUGGAAUUGCACUAAGUUGUCUCCAUUAAAGAAUCAAAAUGAAUAGAUUAACUUAACUUGAAUGGCUUCUUGCUUGGAUUUUUACUCUUCGUUUUUUUUUUUUCCCCAUCAAGAAAUUUGUUGUGCGCGUUUGUUUACGUUAUUGGUUGGUGGGCUCUAUUGGCUGCGAUCACUCUACUGCCUCUGUUUUCUUUCAACUUAAUCAUUUUUAUUUUAUUUUCUAGUUUAUCCGAUCACAUUCUGUUCGAAUUUGAUGCAGCGCUGAUGGCUUAUUGUCAUUGUGCUUUUCUAGUAUGGUUGUCUUUGGCUUUGAGGUUUAUGUGAAAAUUGUCUAGUUCUCUUCAAUAGAUGAUCGAUAGAAACUCUGAAUCAGAGUGCAUUGACCAUACAAAUGGAAAUUCUAUCAUAAGGAUUUCAAUGCUCGUGUCUCUAAUUUGGAAAAUCCAUUUGAAAUGCAUAAUCAUAUCUCAGAUUAUGCCACAUUAGUCUACACUAGUCUUUGCAGUAAAUAUACUUCUUUAUAUAGUGGAGAGUUCUGAUGAAAGUAGCUUUCCAUGUGAUUGCAUAUAAAGUAUCAUCUGAUUUAGAAUGUUUGGAAAUGGUUUGGGGUUUACUCUUGAUUGGAAGUACUGGAUAAUUGAUAUGUAAAAAUCUUGUAUUUUAAACAUUAAAAGUAAACAUUAAAAGUAACAUAUACUGGGAUUAAAUUUCUUUAAUUUUGUUGAUGUGAAGAUCACGCGUGCUAUAAUGAUUCAUGAUAUAUAUAAGUUCUCAUAUGUUGGAUCAACAUAUAGCCAAUUGCACAUGGUCGGUUAGAGAAUAUUGUUGUUGUUGAAAUUGCUGACACUGUUGUCUUUUUUUUUUGAAUUGGUUCUGACACUGUUGUCUUAAGUUUAUCUUUCUACGAUUCGUCGGGUUAUCCUGGGAUACCACGAAUUAAAGCUUAGCUUUUUUUCUGUUUCUAAAAGUCUCUUUCUUGAUCUCUUUCCUUUUCCUGAGAAGGGCAUAAUUUGAGAAAGUAACUUUUCUUCUGCAUCUAUUAGCCGUUUGGCCAUUUUUUACUUGAUCAAUCUGAGAACCCCUUUUGUAAUUCAGCCAAUGAAUGCCAUUUGGUCAUUUUUACUUGAUCAAUCUGAGAAACACUUUUGUAAUUCGGCCAACGAAUUGGAUGGCCAAAAAAAUUCUAAUAUAAAUAAUGUGAAUAGAGGGUGCUAAAUGAACUAUGCAACCGGUGUAAAGCCUCACGAUUGUAGGAACAGUUUUCUCCAGGUGUAAUAAGUAGUCCUCACAUUCUACAAAUCUUUAAUAAUCACAUCAAUCAAUUGGCGCUAAUGAUUUUCUCAGUUCAACCAUGCUUUUGCCGCAAUAUGUAGCAGCUGCACUGAUUUCUUCCAUUCAGGACACAUUGGGGAUGUCUGUUUUUUCCUUGUUAGCAUUAAGUGUUUGUAAUUUCAGCAAGAUAAUUAUUAUGUUGGCGAUGACUUCGUUUUUCCUAUUCCCAGAAGUUCAAAUAAAAAAUGUGGAGAUUCAAGCCCUUCAUGCCUAAGGAACAGGCCGGGCUUGAAGGACGCACCAUUGACAUUGGCAACCUCAAAGUUCAGGUCCGCAAUGUUAUUGCAGAGGGUGGAUUUUCUUGUGUUUACUUGGCGCGAGAUGCCAUACAUGGUUCAAAGCAAUAUGCGCUAAAGCACAUAAUGUGUAAUGAUGAAGAAUCUCUGGAGCUAGUGAUGAAAGAGAUUAAUGUGAUGAAAUUACUUAAAGGACAUCCAAAUGUUGUUACACUUUUUGCCCAUAGCAUCUUUGAUAUGGGCCGCACGAAGGAGGCUAUCCUUGUCAUGGAAUACUGUGAGAAAAUGCUGGUGACUAUGCUGGAGAAUAGGGGAGGUGGUUUCUUGGAGGAGAAACAGAUUUUAACAAUCUUUAGGGAUGUCUGCAAUGCUGUGUUUGCAAUGCACUGUCUAUCUCCUCCAAUUGCGCACCGAGACUUGAAAGCUGAGAAUCUUUUGCUGGGACCUGAUGGAUUAUGGAAACUAUGCGAUUUUGGUAGUACAACGACCAAUCACAAGCGCUUUGAAAAGCCUGAGGAAAUGGGGAUUGAGGAGGAUAACAUUCGAAAACAUACGACACCUGCCUACAGAGCCCCUGAGAUGUGGGAUUUGUUUCGAAGAGACAUUAUUAGUGAGAAGGUUGACAUAUGGGCACUUGGGUGUCUACUCUACCGUAUAUGCUAUUUGAAAUCUGCAUUUGACGGUGAAUCAAAGCUACAAGUUUUAAAUGGUAAUUAUCGCAUACCAGAGCAACCCAAAUACAGCAGCUCUUUGACAGACCUUAUAAAGGAUAUGCUCCAGUCAUCACCAGAUUCCAGACCAGAUAUCACGCAGGUUUGGUUUCGUGUAAAUAACUUGCUGCCGGAGAGUAUGCAAAAACCGCUCCCAGACAGACCCCCAGAAAUGAAUCAGAAAGUCACUGAUAGUCAUGAAGGAACUCCAAAGCCUGCCGUUAAAUCUGGCCCUGCUCCUCGUAGAAGUCCACCACCUCCUCCAUCAGCUGCCGAAUCAGCUCGAAAUUCACCACAAACCAUGCAUAACAAUAGGCAAAGUGGAGGUGGGGGUCCUUUAGGAGCCUUCUGGACCUCUCAACAUGCAAAAGAUUCGUAUGUUUCCGAGGAAAAUAAUAGGCCCAAAUUUGAUGAAGAAUCGACUAACCACGGCCAACCAAAGCAUGAGAACAAUCUGUUUGAAAAGUCAGCUUCUCGAAGAUCUCCAGGAGAAGUUGAUGUUGAACGUAUCAGAGAAGGUGCUAAUGCAUCUAAGACAGAAAGUACAGCCUCUGCUCAAGCAUUCAAUGCUUUUGUUGCUGAAUUUGGUGACAAACUAAGCCCUCAAAGUAACAGUAGGAAAUCAGGAAAGGAAGAGUAUUUAGAAGCUGAAAUAGAAAAGCUAAAGGAGCAAGUGACACAGAUCAAGCAGGAAAAGUCUGAAAUAAUUUCCAAAAACGAAAAGCUAUCAGCAAUAUGCCGGUCACAGCGGCAGGAGAUACAAGAACUUAAACAGGCUCUUGCGGCAAGAACUCCAUCACCAAGUAGAGAAUCCACCAAAACUCAUCCAUCUUUUGCAAAUGUUCCAUCUACUGCUCCGCAGAAAGAAAAGAUUGAAGGAACAGUUUGGGAACUGCAACAAGGAUUAUUUGAACAAAGUUCUUCAAGCGCUGAUUCCAAGCCAUGGCAGGCUUUUGCUGAUGACCCUACACCGCAAGCCCCUGUAAAUAUUAAUCCUAGAUCUGUUAGAACACGAAAUGGUCUCCAAAACAAGCAAGCUGCCGAAGUUAAUUCAGGUGCUAACACAUGGGGAUUUGAAACCGAGAAUUUUAGGGCAGUUCCUUCAACCGGACCUCCUCGUACAAAUGCAUCUCCAAGCGAAACAAAUCAUUCCCAGCGUUUUGGUGAGGUAAAGAAUCUCGAAAGCAAUCAAGCUUCCCAGCCUGCAGGAUGGGCUGGUUUUUAG